CACUUCUAGUUAGUGACAAUAUCAGUAUGCAAAAGGGUGAUUUUAUUAUUAAUAUCAUACAUGGACCUGGAAAAAUAUGCAGAAGAUGGAAGAAUUCACAUCAAAUACUCAUUUUGUGUUGGAUAAUAAAUCAACUAUUUCAUUUACAUAAAUGUAUUUGUAAUUCUAGGGUGUUAUCAUCAGCAAAAAUUGGUUUCUCUUAUGCAAUGUCACUUUUAUUACUCUACAUGUGACGUGGAAUUUGCUUCAUGAAAUAUAUCUUACGUGAUUCAAUAGCGACAAAUAUAUAAUUGGAUUAAAAAAAAAUGUAUCUUUGUUUAACAUGAAUACUUUUAUUAUUUUAAUCUAUUAAAAAUACUCCAUUGCCUCACAACUGUUUUUUUCAUCAAUAAGAUACUAUGUUCUUAAAGUUAAGAAAUACUUCAAUAAAUGUAUUAAUUAUUUAUUAGGUUGCAUGGUUAUUUGAUUAAGUAUAUUGAUUUAAUAAGGGACUUUCUAACGUUGCUAAGUUCACAGAUACUAAUUGAACCAUUCAAUAGUUGAUAUGUAGUUUUCAGUCAUUUUUGAUAUUUAUAUAAUGGCUGACAGUAAAGAUAAUAAAUCUGAUAAAAACAUGUUGGAGAAUAGUUUUUUCAGUCAUUUAAAUAUUUUAGAAAAGUUUGAUAGUAAACAAGGAUUAUCUGAAAUGGGAAUAAAAGUUCCUCAAGUUGAGAAAUGCUCUGAGGCUAAAGAUUCCAACCAGUCUAAGAUAAAUCGACCUGUAUUAGACAGUUCUUUGCCAUACAUUCCUGUUUAUACACAUCUUAUCACGUAUAAUCUUGCUCCAAUUGAGAGACCACCAACACCACCUGUGAUUAGAAUGAUAAGAUCGGAAUUAAGAUCAGAAUCUCCAUUUAGAAGUACUCCAGAAUCUAACAAGUCUAGCAAACGAGGAAAAAGUCCAUAAUAUUAUUAGUAAAAAUGUAAUUUAUUAGUAUUGAAUUUUCUAAUAUAUGUAAUGGACAUUAAAAUAUAGGAGUAAUUUUUUCACUGCUUAUUGUUUAUGUUAAUGAAGGAUUUAUUUUGUAGAGUACCACAUUCAUUCUAGCAUAAUGGUGGCUUAUAACUGCUAUUUUCAACUGGAAAAUGCAUCUCUUCAUUAAUAUAAUGAUGGCGAAGAAUUAAAUAUGUACCUUCAUUAAAAUAAUCAGAAUAAUUAAACUGGGUAGUAAAAGUUCAACCAUACUUCGUAGUCAAUACACAUGAACUUCCUAUUUGUUAAAUGAGAAAAUUAUAGUUGGGUAUUUUUAGACUUUUCAAAAAUUAUCAAAACGUAAAUACUGAUUUGUAAGGAAUUUAAAGUCCAAAUAUUAGCAAAUGCCAACACUAAAACAUUUGAGAAUGUUUACAUAAACUAAAUAAUCCAAUGGAAAUGUAA